CCGCCUCCCCCCGGCCCUCCCGGGUCUGCGCGGAGCGGGAGGCCGAGGUCGGGCGGCUGCUGCUGCCACCGCCAUGGCGUUGAACCCGGUGCUGGGCAAGCUGGUCAGCAAGCGGGUGGUGCUGGCCAGCGCCUCGCCGCGCCGCCAGGAGAUCCUCACCAACGUGGGCCUGCGGUUUGAGGUGGUUCCAUCGUGGUUUAAGGAGACACUUGAAAAAUCAUCUUUUGCAACUCCUUAUGAGUAUGCUGUGGAAACAGCAAAGCAGAAAGCUCUUGAAGUAGCAAACAGAAUGCAUAUGAAGCACCUAAGAACACCUGAUGUUGUCAUAGGAGCAGACACUAUUGUGACUGUGGAUGAACAGAUCCUGGAAAAACCAGUUGAUAAGCAAGAUGCAUACAGGAUGCUGUCAAGGUUGAAUGGGAAAGAGCACAGUGUUUUCACAGGAGUGGCUAUUAUCCAUUGCAGCAGUAAAGAUAAUCAGCUACAGACAGAAAUCACUGAUUUCUAUGAAGAGACUAAAGUAAAAUUUUCUGACCUGUCUGAAGAGCUCUUAUGGGAGUAUAUUCAUAGUGGAGAGCCAAUGGACAAGGCUGGUGGAUAUGGAAUCCAGGCCCUCGGUGGAAUGUUAGUGGAGUAUGUCCAUGGAGACUUCUUGAAUGUGGUGGGAUUUCCUCUGAAUCACUUCUGCAAAAAGCUAGCAGAAUUGUAUUAUCCGCCCCCUAAACAGAAUGUACAACAUAAAAAGUAUGACUCUGUCCCUUCUGUGGACACUUUUGAGAACCUAAGUGAUGGAGAAAAUGAAUCUUCCCAUUUCACAGAGCAUAUAGGUGCUAGGAAGUUGGACAGCAGUGGGAUACGUUCCUCAGGAGCUAUGUACAAUUCUGAAACCAGUUCUGGUGUCAGGACUGGUUUUAUGGUACCUUUGGAAAAUCGGAACGGAGUAUCAGAAAGCACAGCAAAACUUCCAUCUAAAAUUCUAGAACUGCUGGAUGGGUUUAGAGCUUCAAAGGCUCUGUUUGUAGCCUCUAAGCUGAAGAUGUUUGAUCAUCUGAAAGAUAAAGGUCCACUGAAGGCUGUGGAUAUUGCAAAUGAGGUUGGAACCUCUCUGUGUGGAACAGAAAGACUCCUUGAUGCAUGUGCUGCUCUUGGAUUACUGGAAAAGACACCAGAAGGGUACAGUAAUACAGAUUCAGCAAAUAUCUACCUGACCUCAGAUGGUGAAUGCUCACUUCAUGGCUACAUUAUCCACUCUAAUGACCACCUUUGGCCUCUGUUCACAAACUUGGAGUCUGCUGUCAGGGAAGGCAGCAGGCAGAACCAUCGAGCUUUUGGAAAGAAAGCAGAGGAUUUAUUUAAGGCUCUAAAGUGCUGGAGCAAUCACAGAAUAUACUGGGACUAUUAUCACAGCCAGGAGGUGACACAACGUUUCAUGGCUGCCAUGCACAGCAUUGCCCACCUGACAGCAAGAGAUGUGGCUACAGCAUUUGAUCUUUCACAGUUUAAAUCUGCUUGUGAUUUAGGAGGUUGCACUGGAGCUCUGGCUCAUGAGUUAGUACAAAUAUAUCCAAAUCUCAAGGUCACAGUAUUUGACCUUCCAGAAGUCAUUGCAAACACCUCUUACUUCGAGCCUUCAGGACAACACACAGCUCCAGUCACAUUUGUAUCAGGUGACUUCUUCAAGGAUAACCUUCCAGAAGCAGAUCUUUACAUCCUUUCACGUGUUCUUCAUGACUGGCCUGAUGAAAAGAUACAUGUACUGUUAAGCAAGGUAUCAGCUGUUUGCAAACCGGGAAGUGCCUUGCUAGUGGCAGAAAUUGUGCUUGAUGAACGGAAGAUGCACCCUCCUAGAGCUGUACUACAGUCCCUCAGUAUGACUGAAGGCAAGCAGAGAAGUGGCUCGGAAUAUAAACAGCUACUGGAGAAAUAUGGAUUCACAAAUGUACAAAUUAAGAUCACAGGAAACUUACUAGAUGCUGUUUUGUGCUUCAAGAAGAAUUUGUCACUGUAGUGUGCCCAGAAGCAAACUGUAAUGAUGUUUUACAACACUUGUGCAAUAUACCCACUAUCAACCAGCAUGUACUAUGCAUUUAGAAUAAUUUUGAUCCUUUAUCUGAAGUAUAGUUGUUACAGGCUUUGAAUAAAAAUUGGACUUGCCACUUCUGCAGGAGUGAGUUUUAUGCAUUUAUGAAGUGUCAGGGGCAGGCCAAAACUCCUGUGUACUUAAUACUUUCAUGUCCAGUUCUUUUGGCUAGUUUGCAGACUGUAUGAAGUUUAGACUGGACACAGCUGUAUAGUAUGGCAAGUUAAAACUACAAGCUUUUAUGAGCCACUUUAAUACCUUAGUUUUCUUGGGCCUUAAAGAGAAUUCUCCCUAGUCAGUGUAUUCAGUGGUUACUACUCGUCUUUAUUGGAAAUGGAAACAAAAAUGGAUACUGAACCAUCUGCAUGAAUUCAGGGAUGCUGGUUGUGUUUUUCACUUUUCUGUGGAGCUUUACUCAAAAACCCCUCAAGAUACCCUUCUUUAAGCACUUUUUACACAGGCAAAAGUAGGACAAAGUUUGAACAUGUUCCUGCAGCAGCUGUAAUACCACAGAGAAACCUGAGAGUCUCUGACCUCCAGCCACAGUAUGUACUACAGUGUGUAUACAGGUUGCAGUUGUGGGCUGCUCCUAUCCAUCUCAUGUUUUUCUGAAUAUGGUUAAAUGGCCAUAUAUGCCUUCUGUCUCAUUACUUGAGAUGUGUUUUAGGAUUUAUGUAUAAAUUCUCUUAUGAAAAUUAAAAAUACAAGUUUCUUUGUGUUCCAGUCUUUUGGUUGGAGAAGUACAUACUGUAUCCCUUCUCUUCAAGUAAUUUAUCACUAAUGUCACCUCUUCUAAUAAAUUUUCUAAUACUUCAUUGAUAUUUUUUUCUAUUGAAAGUGUAUUUUGCAGUGGAAGCCCUCCUGGAGAUUAAAGCUGCACUUUCAAACUA